AUGCAGUCCUUCUCGAGACAGAUGCGCCCGGCAGGCAAGCUGCUGAACCAGGCCGCCAGACGGUCCUACAGCGCCGCCACCGGCCCUUACACCAAGACCAUCGACAACCUGCGCAUCAACGGCGAGACCAAGGUCCUCUUCCAGGGCUUCACCGGCAAGCAGGGAACCUUCCACGCGCAGCAGGCCAUCGACUACGGCACCAAGGUCGUCGGUGGAACGAACCCCAAGAAGGCCGGCCAGGAGCACCUCGGUCUCCCCGUCUUCGGCAACGUCAGCGAGGCCGUCAAGGAGACUGGCGCUACUGCCACUGCCAUCUUCGUCCCCCCCCCUCUGGCCGCCGCCGGUAUCGAGGAGGCCAUCGCCGCCGAGAUCCCCCUCGUCGUCUGCAUUACUGAGGGUAUCCCCCAGCAUGACAUGGUCCGCAUCACCAACAUGCUCAAGACGCAAUCCAAGACCCGCCUCGUCGGCCCUAACUGCCCCGGCAUCAUCGCCCCCGGCCAGUGCAAGAUCGGCAUCAUGCCCGGCUUCAUCCACAAGCGCGGCCGCAUCGGUAUCGUCUCCCGCUCCGGCACCCUGACCUACGAGGCCGUCAACCAGACCACCCAGGCCGGCCUCGGCCAGUCCCUCGUCGUCGGCAUCGGCGGUGACCCCUUCUCCGGCACCAACUUCAUCGACUGCCUCAACGUCUUCCUCAAGGACGAGGAGACGGACGGCAUUAUCAUGAUCGGCGAGAUCGGUGGUUCCGCCGAGGAGGACGCCGCCGACUUCCUGCGCGCCAACAACACCGUCAACGGCGGCAAGCCCGUCGUCUCCUUCAUCGCCGGUAUCUCCGCGCCCCCCGGCCGCCGCAUGGGUCACGCCGGUGCCAUCGUCUCCGGCGGCAAGGGCGGUGCCGACUCCAAGAUCUCCGCCCUCAAGUCCGCCGGCGUCAUCGUCGAGCCCUCCCCCGCCGGCCUCGGCAAGGCCCUGUACGACGAGUUCGUCCGCCGCGACCUCCUGUAA